AUGCCCAAGCCACUCUUCUCAUCCUCAGAUGCAGAUCAUAGCCACAAAUGUCCAGAAGAUCAACAUUCAAACAAGCACGAGAAUCAUUGUAUUCCUGAGAUCAUCAUAUUCCUGGUUUAUGAAGAAUAUUUGGGGAUAAUCUUAGAUUCUAUUACGCUAUUCUUGUCUUUAACAACAGGCAUAGUAUUAGGAAUCUUCAUUAAAUAUAAAGAGACUCCAAUAGCCAAAGCCAACAACCGGGACCUCUCGUACAUCCUCCUCAUCUCCCUCUUGCUUUCCUUUUUGUCCUCCUUCCUCUUCAUUGGAAGGCCAAGGAGAGUGACCUGCCUUCUCCGACAAGUGGCCUUCAGCAUCAUCUUCUCGGUUGCUGUCUCCUCUGUGUUGGCUAAAACCAUCACUGUGGUGCUGGCCUUCCUGGCCACAAAACCAGAGAGCAGGGUGAAAAGAUGGCUGGGGAAGAGUUUGGCCAACUCUAUAGUCAUUUCCUGUUCUAGUGUCCAAGUUGUCAUCUGCACCAUCUGGCUGGGCAUCUCUCCACCCUUCCCAGAGUCUGACAUGCAUUCCCAGCCCAGAGAGAUCAUCCUGCAAUGCAAUGAAGGGUCUGUGGCCAUGUUUUAUGGUGUCCUUGGCUACAUGGGCUUCCUGGCCUCCAUCUGCUUCAUGGUGGCUUUCCUGGCCAGAAAGCUGCCUGGAGCCUUCAAUGAAGCCAAGCUGAUCACCUUUAGCAUGCUGGUCUUCUGUAGUAAUCUGAAGCAGAACCAGUUUUGUCUCCAGAGGGGGAGGGGUGUAUCUGAGAGGCAGAGCUUGUUCCACCCAAGUUCUAUGCCCAACACCUCCAGUUUAAAGCAUGAAGAAGCAGGACCAGGAAAAGCCACUUUCCUCCUGAGAUUCUGCUAG